CGCCCCUCCUCAAAGAGUGGGGCUGUGAGUCUGACGUCACGUCAAGUUCAUUCGGUGAAAAAAAGAUGGCGGAGGAGACGGAGUCAGGAGACAGCGGGUCCUGGUGGAUUUCCAGUUGGUUGCCAGCAUGGUGCCCUACUUCUCUCACACUUCUGAAGAAUGCUGAGGAUAAAAUGCUUCAGUGUAUUACAAGCUCAUUUUUGAAACAAUACAUCCUUAUGUCCAAUGGGAACAAAUUAUGGACACUGAUAUUUAAUGGGGACAUUGCCAAUAAAACUCCACUUAUUCUUAUUCAUGGGUUCGGCGGAGGAUUGGCCCUGUGGGCGUUAAACUUUGAUGCCCUUUGUCAACAAAGGACAGUUUAUGCUUUUGACCUGCUAGGAUUUGGAAGGAGCAGUCGACCAAAUUUCAGUGCUGAUGCCGAAGAGGCAGAAAACCAGUUUGUUGAAUCAAUAGAAGAAUGGAGGGCAAAGGUGGGUGUGGAGAUGAUGAUCAUCCUUGGGCACAACUUAGGCGGAUACUUGGCAGCAGCCUAUACAUUGAAAUACCCAACAAGGGUAAAGCACCUGAUUUUAGUGGAGCCAUGGGGUUUUCCCGAGAGACCUAACAACGCUGAUCUGGACAGACCAAUCCCAAUCUGGAUUAAAGCCCUGGGAGCAAUGCUGAGUCCCUUCAACCCACUGGCUGGUUUGAGACUGGCUGGUCCACUAGGUCCUAGUUUGGUGCAGAGGUUGAGACCGGAUUUCAAAAGAAAAUAUUCUUCUUUGUUUGAUGACAACACGGUGACCGAAUAUAUUUACCACUGCAAUGUACAGAAACCAAGUGGGGAAACUGCUUUUAGGAAUAUGACCAUUCCAUAUGGGUGGGCAAAGCGACCCAUGCUGCAGAGAAUUGGUCUUGUUCAAGCAGACAUCCCCAUUACUGUGAUUUAUGGAGCUCGCUCUUACAUUGAUGGUAACUCUGGAAAUGAAGUCAAAGAACUAAGGCCAAACUCUCAUGUGGAGACAAUAGCAAUUCGAGGAGCUGGUCAUUACGUGUAUGCAGAUCAGCCCGAAGACUUCAAUCAUAAAGUCAUUGAGAUCUGUAACACGGUAGACUGAGGCUGCUGUGCCUGGGAGCAAACCUGCAAUAAUUGUCACUUUUUAUCACUGAGAACUCAUCAGCAUUACUACUGUGAAGACACUCACAAGGACUUAUGCCACAAAAGAAAAAAGACUUGGAGAAUAAGCUGUAUUGCACUUUUACCAGGAAACUAACUUAUAUCCUCAAAUGGGAUAGUGCCUUUGCUAUGCAGUGUUUUAAAUCCAACAAUUUUUAUUCAUCAUUCUUAGCUCUUAUUUGGAACAAAGACGUGCUGCUUUUUUAUUUUUUGUUUGUUUUAUUAAGUGAUAUUACUAUUUAACAUUCACGGCGUUUUAUCUAGCAGUUCCUUAAGCCGCAACUGAUAAAUGGUGCUUUCAUUAGCAAUGAAUAUUUCAGUAAUAUUACAUAUCGUUUAAUAAGUAUCACAUUUGCAUUAUAGGAAAUCCGCAAACUGGAAUGUUUACAAAUCUGAAAAUUUACAAAUAAGAGAAUGAAAAGCCACAAAAUAUAUUUUUUUAGAUGUCUUACUGACAACAUUCAUACACUCAUGCAUCAUGGGCCAUGCUCAAUCUCCGCAGCAUUGUACAGUUGUAUAAUUUAAAAAUUUAAAAAAAAGAAAAUAGUGUUAUAUUUAUGUUUAUCCUGUAGUGGUUUGCUGAGCACCGUUUAAAAAUAGAUGUUUUAAUGGUUCGCUUGCCACCGGUGGAUAGUCGAGAAUUGUGUCACUUUAGCCCAGAUUGUAUGUUCUUGUAAGUAAAAGCUGCCUAUUCAGGGCAAUGUUUAAUAUGACUUAUAUUUUAAUGAAUAAUGUUCAAAGAUUGUACAGCGUAGAACAAUCGAAUGUCAGAUAUAAGAAAAAGUAUGUUUUACAAUGUGUUGAUUACAUUUUGACCUAAUUUUUGUUCUGUAUUUUAAUUAAUUAGGCGUUUCCUUUAACAUAUCGGUGUUUCCUAUCACAUUUGUCCGUUCCUGCACCACGCCAAAAUAAUGGGGAAAACCUGAAGCACUGUUCUAGUGCCAUUUCUUCACUUCCAUACUAGUCAGGGCUCUUGCUGACUUUUUUCUCUCACAUCCUUAGUGAGACUUUGGUGGUCUUUGACCUCAGGCUACUGUGAUGCUCAAAACAGAUGGCUAGUCCUGGCUAAAUAAUCGCAUUGUCCCCAUGUAAAAGGUAGGAUUUCAAAUUGUUCACAUUUUAUUUUAGUUUCUCAUUUGUUCAUCUUAUUCACUUUCAAUCAAAAACCAGCCAAGGAGGUAUAUUUUUUUAUUCCAGAUUAAAAUAAAGUAUCCUUACAAAAAAUAAAACAAAAUGAACACUUAUUUGUGAAAUUACAAAUUCUGAGGAAAAACUCAGCCUAAAGCCUUAUACUUGUGCCAACAAUCUAUCAUUGUCCCAAAAUGUAAGAAUAUUAGUUGUCUCUGUAAGGAUUUUGUAGUUAGAAUUCUCAGAAUGCAGUGAUUUUUAUAUAAAAAUGUAUAAUGUUUAUCAGUUUUAUUCCAUGUUUACAGUCUAGAUGUAAAAUGAAUAUGGACUAAAGUGCAAGAUGGGAAGGCCAUUUAAAAUCAAGGAAUUGAGGUAAUUGAAUUUAAAAUAAGCAGGUUUUGCAUACUUAUGUAUACUGUACAUAAACACACAUACAAAAAACACAAAGCAACAUUUGCUUUUCCUUUUCAUACAGCACACUGUAUAACCACGAAGAGGCUAUGCAUUGUGUUCAGGCACUGUAGAACAGUGGUGGUCUGUUCCUUUGAUUUUACAAUUGAGCAAAAAGGUUUAAAUCUUGUUCUUACCAUUUAUUUUAAAUUAUCUGUAAAUAAAAGUGCUAUUUAAUUUA